AUGGCACAAGCGAAGGACUCGCGAGGGAUAGAGAUGGUGCAGACCACGAGCCACCAGCACGACGACGUCGACGACAUCAAGCCUGCCGCGGGCAAGAUCAAGGAAGUACAGGGCGACUCACACUUCUAUGAGACCGUGACGGCUGCUCCACUGAGCCCAUGGUCCAGGACCAGUGUCCAGCUGUACCUGAUCCUCCUCGUCGCCGCACUCAAUGCGACGACCUCAGGGUUUGAUGGAUCGAUCUUCAGCUCCAUCAAUGCCAUGAAACAGUACCAGACGUACUUCCACCACACAGAGCUCGGGUCAAGCACGGGGAUCAUCUUCAUGAUCUAUACCAUCGGCAACAUGGUUGGCUCCUUGUUCACUGGUCCCAUUUGCGACUGGUUCGGCCGGCGAGCGGGCAUGUCAAUCGGAUCUCUGCUGAUUAUGGUUGGAGCGGCGGUGCAAACAGCAGCGAAGAACGACGGCUACCUCCUCGGUGGCCGCUUCGUCCUGGGCUUUGGCGUCUCCAUUGGCACGAGUGCUGCCCCGACGUAUGCCUUGGAGCUCGCACCUCCUCAGUGGCGGGCUAGAGUCGUUGGCUACUACAACACAUUCUUCUACACCGGUUCCAUACUCGCAACAGGCGUCGCAUACGCCUGCAACAAAGCCGAUGGAGAGCUAGCCUUCCGCCUCCCACUGGCCCUCCAGCUCGUCCCACCAUUCUUCAUCAUGGCAGGGUGCCUCCUCAUCCCAGAGUCGCCCCGCUGGCUGACGAUGUGGGGCAAGCGAGAGAAGGCAGCCCAGAUCCUCGCCAAGUACCACGGCGGCGGCGACCCGGAGCACCCGGUGGUGAAGCUGGAGCUGCACGAGUUCGAGCAGGGCAUCGAGCGGCAGAAGUCGUCGGGCAUCUUCAACUUCUGGCCCCUCGUCAGCACGCACAACGCGCGCUGGCGGUUCCUGAUGAUGGCCUUCAUGUCCGUGUUCGCGCAGCUCUCGGGCAACUCGGUGCUCACGUACUACCUCCCGUCCAUGUACACCCUCCUCGGCGUGACCUCGACGGAGCGCCGCCUCCUUCUGACCUUUAUGAACUCGAUCGUCUCUUGCGCCGGGGCCGUCGCCGGCUCGGCGACCAACGACAGCAUCGGCAGGCGGACCAAGCUCUGGGUUGGCAGCAUCGUGUUGGCCGGGCUGUUUGCCGGCGUGACUGGGUUCUCGAGCCGCUUUGAGAACAAGGCGAACCCCGGGCCUGCACUCAGUAAUGGCGGGGUGGCGUUCAUAUUCUUGUUUGGUUGUGCGUAUUCGUUUGUCUACACCCCGUUGACGGCCACGUAUUGCGCUGAGGUGUUGAACAACCCCAUGCGGGCAAAGGGUAUGGGAAUUCACGUAAUCCUGUCCAACUGCGCGAACCUCUACAACACCUACGUCACCGCCGUUGCACUCGAAGCCAUCGACUGGCACUACUACUUCGUCUUUGUCGGGCUGAACCUGGUCUACAGCCUGGUGUGGUUCAUGUUCGGCGUCGAGACCCGCGGCCGCACCCUCGAGGAGCUGGACGCGGUGUUCGAGGCCAAGUGGCCGCCCCGGGCGGCGCUGAGGAAGACGGUCAUGGUCAAGAAACAAGACGGACACCUGGAGGGCCUGUCCACGGAGGAUCAUGCAUGA